UAAUUUUCGUUUAUUUCUUCUUUAUUUACAUUUGAUAAAACUGUCGUGGGCAAAGAGAACAUUUUGGUUUUGUUUGCUAUUUGCAUAAAGAUUUAGAAUGGUGGAUCCUAAUUUCAUUGAAGUUAAUGAAAUCACCGGAUAUUGGUCAUUUUUGGCAAGUAUUGACUGGAACGAUCCGUGGCUGAUUGCGCUUAUAGCGGUGCAUGUUCUUACAACGGUGACUACUUUGAUGACAAGGAACAACACUAAUUUCCAAAUAUUUCUGUUUCUAAUACUAUUAUCAGCGGCGUACUGUUCGGAAAGUAUUAACGAAUUUGCGGCAGCUAAAUGGAAGAGCUUUUCUAAGCAGCAAUAUUUUGAUAGUAAUGGACUUUUCAUUUCGACAGUAUUUUCAAUACCGAUAUUACUUAAUUGUAUGCUAAUAAUUGGUGCUUGGAUGUACAACUCGUUGCAAAUUAUGGUUACGCUAAAAAGAGCACAGCUUCUGCAGCAGGUGAAGCGAAAUAAACAAGAAAAGAACUCAGAGCCAACCAAAGAAGUUAAAUCAGAUCACGAAAAAUCUGAUUAAACUAUUUUGGAAUGUAAAUUAUUAUAAAAUCUACUAUAAUUUUAUAAACUAUUUGUACCAGUAGUAUUUAAGUUUAGUUUGACAAGUUAAAUGAAAUAAAUAAAUUUACAACAAUAAAGUAAAAA